GGCACACUACACCCGCCAUCGAGAAAUGCUAUGCGUCAGAACGGGACGGAAGCUGGCCGAGAUGAGACAGAAUCACCACCACCACACAGCUGCCGACAGAGAGGAGGAGUUAGCUGCUGCUGUUGCGGCUUAUGGCAAAAGUAAAAAAUGUGGAAUUUCGACAUCAAGUAGGACGAAUCAUAAAUUCUCUGCUGCAUGCAUUUUCCCGCGCGCUCUGAUCUCCGGGAGAUGAUGAUGGUGUGUGAUAUACAGGAGGCAACCGUAACGUACGUACGUAUGCCGAAGAUCCGCGAGGGUUCCGUGAGCCUUGCAUGACGACAUGGUUGUUGUUAUCAAAUUAACGGAGUGAUUUUUAGUCGCUGAACGGAUCGGAAAGUGCGCGUACGGAAUUCUUCUGCAGCUCGAAUCAUUGCAAGGCAAGUCCUUUGGUCAGUUGCUUUCGGUCAGCAUUGCAAAAAGCAAAAAAAAAGAAGAGCUGAAGUCGUCCUAGUCCUGGUGCUACGUAGAAAGCCAUCGCGGAAAAGCUCGUGGAUGCAGAAAAAGUGCAAUCAUUUAGCGUGUGCGGUGGAAAAAAAUCGCAUCUGCAACGUUUGACAAGGACUGUAGCCGCAGCAUCUGUGACGACGGCACCGUUGUUGACGCUACGACAAGUGGAAGUUAAUUGGAUUUUUUCGGUGCAUCGUCGUGUUUCGAGUGCAUCCCGUCGUGCGGUGGAUGCACUUUCGUGAAGCUUUUUUACCUUGCCCCCGCGUUGGUGGUGUCCGUCGAUUGUGAGUUAUGUGUGAUGCUCUGACAGUAGUUGAGCCAUCUUCCAUUAAUGCGUGCAAUUGAAAAGGAUUAACGUGUGACGUGUGUGCCUUUCGGAUCUAACGGGAAGGAAAAAAGGCUGCAACUAGUGCUCGGUCGGUAGAGGUGCACAGUCAGAGAUCAAAUGAGAUAAUUUUAUUCGGUGUUUGGAAACUGGAGAGAGCGGAAAAAAAGUGCUGUGCAUUGGAGUGCAUCUACAGCUAGUGGAUGUUUUCGUUUCGUAAUAUGGAGGGAUCGACGAUUUUGCAGGACUCUAAAACAGGUUUCAACAAGACAUCGAUAGCCGAUUUCUACGACAAAUUGGAAAAAGACGAAAAUGGCCUUCAGAGUGGGCGAGGCUUCGGCAUUCCAGACGACGCAAACCAUUCGGCAUUAGCCAGGGCAGAAAAUGGACUCACGGGAAAGACAGAUCACCGCAGUUCACCAAUAUCGUGCUACUCGCCACAAAACCGACUGCUCCAGUGGCCUUCCCAACAUCUAACACCGGUCAGCGAGAGUGGCAGUGCCAGUGCUCGCAAAGCCCAAAACCUAGGCCUGAUUUGUGUCGUUUGUGGUGAUACCAGCUCCGGCAAACACUACGGAAUUCUAGCCUGCAAUGGGUGUUCUGGAUUCUUCAAACGAAGCGUUCGCAGAAAACUGAUCUACAGGUGCCAGGCUGGAACGGGAAACUGUACCGUCGACAAGGCGCAUCGAAAUCAGUGCCAAGCAUGUCGGCUGAAGAAGUGUCUUAAUAUGGGAAUGAAUAAAGACGCAAUCCAUGAGCCACGAAUAAAGCCUACCAACUUAGCAUCUGUAUGUCUGCUGCCCUUCUGCCCUACUACCCAAUCAGUCCAAAAUGAGCGUCAACCACGUAAUACGGCAACAAUCAGACCGGAGGCGCUGCGUGAUAUGGAACAAGGACGUGCCCUGCGGGAAGCUGCGGUCGCGGUUGGCGUUUUUGGCCCACCGGUAUCGCUCGCCCUGCUAUCACCAUCUCGAUACGGUCCCAGCAUCCUACCAGCGCCGGCCCUUCCAACCAGUCAAUUUCUUCACCACCACAGCCAAGUAUCCUCGUUGGUCAACAGCUUACCGCACCAUCACCCACACCAUCAUCACGCAAUGCAUGGCCUAGCCAACGGUCUAUCCCUGGGUCUGAACGGCGUCAGCGUAGCCAGUCAUAAUGCUUCAGCAGCGGCAGCCGCCGCCGCCAUUGCGAAUGCCAACAAUAACAGCAGCAACAACAACAACAACAGCCCCUUAGUUAGCAACAACAACCUUAGUUCGACGGAAAAUCUGAACGCAACCCAAUCGUCCAACCAUUCCAACGCGAGCGAACAGCAUUCCCCCAGUGGAGGAGGAUCCCCGGCGCACCAAAGCUCGAACGGAGCCUGCCAGAAUAGCGGCGGCGCCGGUCAGGCAAACUCUCCGGUCAAACAGCACACCCACAGCACCUCGUCCUGCGGAUCGGCCAGUCCAAUCCUGCAGGAGGACACCGCCAACGAUAACGAUGAUGAUUCCAUUGACGUGACUAAUGAUGAAGAUGCGGAACCUGUUCAGAACAACGUGGCCAUUCCCAGUUUAGUGAAUCACCCCCUGUAUGGCCAGAGUCCGAUGUUCAACUUCCAAGAAACGAUCUACGAAACUAGCGCGAGACUACUGUUCAUGGCCGUCAAGUGGGCCAAGAACCUACCCAGCUUUGCGAGUCUUACUUUCAGAGAUCAGGUAAUUCUGUUGGAAGAAUCCUGGUCCGAACUGUUCCUGCUGAAUGCAAUCCAGUGGUGCAUGCCAAUUGAAACAUCCGCUUGUACAUUGUUUUCGUUGAACGAACACUGCUCCAGCGUGAAUAAUUCCGGUGUUUUUAAACCGGGACAGCUAGCACAAGACCUUCGAGUACUGAACGAUUCCCUCUGUCGAUUCAAGUCGGUCAUGGUAGAUCCAGCGGAGUUUGCUUGUAUGAAGGCUAUUGUUCUGUUUCGAUCCGAAGCACGUGGAUUGAAGGAUCCGGUCCAGAUUGAGAAUCUCCAAGAUCAAGCUCAGGUGAUGCUAGCUCAGCAUUCUCGAACACAAUUCCCCGGUCAGAUCGCCCGCUUCGGAAGGCUUCUGCUAAUGCUUCCCCUGUUACGGAUCAUCAACUCGCACAAAAUCGAAUCGAUAUACUUUCAGAAAACGAUCGGCAACACUCCCAUGGAGAAAGUUCUUUGUGAUAUGUACAAAAAUUAGCGACCGAACUUCGCUCUGUUACUGACAAAAAUCUGUGAAUAUGUGUAGUAUUAGUUUAGCCUAAAAAAAAAAACAACCAACCGCACAUGAAUAUAGAUAAAAAUGCACAUUAACCCACUCACCAAGCGAGAGUGGAAACAAGCGAAUCGAGAGACAGAUUCAAUUAUCGGUUCACCCGGGAACGAUUGUCAAUUUUCAUAAACUCCUGCACGCGUGCCAUGCCGAGAUGUGUGGUGAAGGUACGAAAUGAAAAAAAAAGAAGCAUACAUCCAAUUUGGACGAUUUGCGUAAUUAUUAGGAAAGUUUUGUUGUUUUUUCACUCACUCAUGCAUUGCCUGGCACCCACUCACACAAUCGCUAUUUGUUCCCACACCAAACUAAUCGAACAACAAAGGCAUCAGUAAUAAUAACAGCAACAACUACGAUAACGGUUCCUAAAUUUAUGCACGAAAUCGACCCCGCACCCCCCAUCAACCCCGGCUGAGUGACAGUCACAAACGUGUGUGAGUGGAUAUGUGCAAGCGAGCAACCAGCCACCAAACUAGACAAAAUCAAGGGGCGGGCCGUGGGGUGGCGCUGGUGGCGGUGCGCCGAGCUUCACAUUUGCAAACUCGUGCGUAAAUUAUUAUGCGGUCACAUUUCACGUCACGUGUAGUAUUUUCCACAGAUUUCGAUUCGAGCCGAUCAUGGUUUUUUUUUCGUCUAGGAUUCUUUCUGCUCGCCUCAUUCCAAAAUUAUCUGCACCGGACAGCUUCCAUUACGCCUCUCGAUUU